AUGGGCCGUAGUGGAAGUGCUAGGCCUCCUGGCUUCCAUUUUUGUUACUACUUUACAGCACUUUUACCCAAGACCAUCGAAUCUACAUCCUGGGACCCUGCUAGGAUUACAUUGCCCACCAUCUUGAGAUAUGAGCUUAACAGUAAAAAUCAAUAUUACAACAAUAUAGCACUAUCUUAUACUACCUUGUACUCCUUUGUCGAAAACAGAUGCUAUUUCAAUUCACGAGUUGCUUGGCUUUAUCGUUACCUGCACAAGCCCAAGACACGCACGCACACACAUAACACAUGGCCUUCCAGCUUGGUCCGCCCUUCGCAAACAUGCAGAAUUAGAAUUUCUCCCUGCCCUGCCAUGAGGGACCUGGACGUGCUCAUCACUGAUCCCCGGUUUGUGCCAUUGUCCUUGACCAGGGGUUCGCGGAGAUCCCUUCCAGUUGGAGACCCCCAGGCCAGGCAUAUGGACCGUGAUGAUCUUAGGGAUCUCGAAGAUCUCGCGGCUAGUCUCACCCGGCCUGGUAAUGGAAGGUCGCACAAGAAACAUAGAGCCAUGUCACCCGGAACGGAACACUGCCCGGUUUCUGCCUUCCGUUUUGGUUCGCCACUGCAGUCAGUACUGUUAGUUAUACUCGCCUGUAUCCUUGCAGGCAUUUGA